AUGGUUGGGAAACACAAUGUGCCACGUCUUCUACGCUCAACUCCAAUAGCUCGGUUACACCUGCACUGGACGGAUACGCAGGUUCAGAAAUUGAACCGAUCCAAACAAAAAGUCUUGCAACAUCAGAAAACUCGAUUAAUUUGUCGAGGAUGUGGCAAACAGGGCCAUAAACAAUUUAGAUGCUUAGCAAAAUGUACGUUUUGUCGAGGUGGGCCACCUCGACAAAACGGUCUUCGGAAUGUCUUCGGAAGACAUUCAGAGGAAUACUGUAAGAAGAAAAAGAAUCAGGUUCAGUCAUCAUACUCACCUGGACAAAUGAAUACAGAAUUUGUCUCGAAAAACGAUGGGAUGGUGACGAAACCUAGAGCAUUAGCUCAAGGAUCAGAUUCUAAUGAGACGCCACAGUUAGCUACACCGAAUGAAGGUUGUCCACCACCUCGUACGAAUUCAAGCUACUUAAAUAAUGAGUUAACCCAGCAUUCAGGACGUCGUAAUACCUGGCGUAGCAAUUCGAGUACAAAUUCCAGAAGUAUAGUAGUGACGGAUUUAAUCGGGCGUAUAAACCUGUAA